UGGGGCACUUACUCAAGAGCUUCGGCCCUGGCCGGUGGUGUUUUUCUCUCCUCCCCCUCCCCCUUGCCUUUUCCCCUCCUCCGAGUGAGCAGGGAGGGGUGCUCCAGAAAGAGAGAGAGAGAAAUGGCGCUGCUCUUCACCGCCAUCCGCGUGGUCUUGGGCCUUUUCUUCGUGAUCACCGGAGUCGUCAAGCUGACCGAUCAGAUUUCGGCCGAAGUUUACAGGCAGAUGAAAUCACAGUUUGUGCAGUUUGCUGAUGUUUUCCCUUUGAAGGAGUUUGGCUACAAGCCAGAGCCGGGCCAGUAUCUUCAAGUGGUGGGCUGGACAGAAGUGGUGGCUGGCUUACUCUUAGCCUUUGGGCCACAGCUGCUGCAGGAGCUUAGCAAUUUCGUCCUCACUAUCAUCAUGAUAGGUGCCAUCUAUACCCUCUUGGUUUUGAAAGAACCCAUUGCCAUGUGCGCCCCUGCCACUGUUUGCCUGGGUCUUCUGCUUCUCCUGAACAUCCGGAGAAGUAGGGAAUAUGCCAAGUCCAAGUUUGAGUGAUGGGAAGUCGACCUACAGGGAAUGGGAUUGCAAAUGAUGCUGCCAGGAGUCUUUGGUGGCAUAAUUGUGUUUCUGUUGUCCUAUUUUCCCUGCUGUGGCCUAAUUUCCUAAAACACACAAAUGAGAUAAGUUGCAUCCCGGCAAUGAAUGAUCUGGGAAGACUGUGUGAAUUGGAGUUUCCAAUGGCAAAGCCUUUCCCCAUUCUCUUGGAUAGUUCCCUUCUUAUUCCCAGGGGCCCAUCAUGGCCCAUGCAGAUACGGCCUGAUAGAUUUCACCAUUUGGAGGAAAAGCAAGGGAAAAUAAUCAAAUCUUGCAGCGUUUGUCGGAUGAAAAUCCUUUUAAUUCUGUGGAAGAUGAUCACUCCUGCAGCGGUGCUCAAAAAUGUUGGAAACCUAACAUUUCGUCUUGCAGUUUCUCUGCUGAGAGGGAAAUAUAGGUAAAACAUUUUGAGGCUGUGUCUGAUAGGGAAAACGUUAAUUUUUCUUAAAAACAAUUGUCGCCUUACAAAACAAAAACUGUAACCUGUAGUUUGCCAGAGGGCUGCAGUUCUAUAAGGGCUUGGGUUUCACUCAGUCAUUUCUCCCAAGACAAUUCAUUUUAAACUGUGGUUAUGUACAUAAAGAGAAACUGAAGUGAGUCAGCAAACCUAGCAAAGUCAAUGAGGGCUCAAUCUCUGAUGGGCAGUUUGGGAUUGCUAGUCAGUCUACUUGUAGGAAGUGACCCUUUUUAUACCUGUUCCACUCAAGAUACUUUAGAUUUUAUUUUCCUGAUACAAUAUCUUGGUGGGCACCAGGAAAUGCCUAAGUGAGUGCCGCAUUUGGGGGUCAUUGUGGUGGUAUACACCAUGGAAGGCCAACUGAUGUCCUGUGGAUUUUUGUCUAGCCCCUGAAACUCUCCAAGGGAAGACAGAUGCCACAACUUCCCUUUUAUUCUGUACUGCAGACGUGCAUAAAAGCUGAGCUCAAUCCACAUCUCCGCAGAUAUUUUAUGCUUGCUCGGCUAAAUGUGUUACCGACUGCCCAAACAAGAGGCAGAUAUCAUGGCAUCCCACAGGAGAACAGGACUUGUUCCUGUGCAGCGGGCCUACC